AUGAAUCAGCAAGAUUCAACAGAUUUAUCAGAAAAAAAAGAAAAUAUAAAGGAUAUUUUUAUAAAAUUAUCAACAGCAGUAUCAAAAAAUGAUCAUCAGCAAGUUAUUAAACUCUCAGACGAAAUCCAGAAAAUUUCAUUAUCAGACGCAAAAUUAGAGAAAUCAAAGGUUAUUGCGCUUAUUAAGCUUGAUAAAUAUGAAGAAGCACUUCAAAUAAUCUUCAAUAAGCUUUCAACGGAGAAAACACUGUUUGAAACGGCAUAUUGUCUGUUCAUGCUAGAAAGAUUUGAAGAAGCAGUAAAUUAUAUCAAAGAAAAUAAUGAAAGGAGCAUUUUGCAUGUAAAAGCACAAAUUACAUAUCAAACGGGUCAAGUCAUAGAAGCAGUUCAACUAUAUCAAAAAUUAAUUAAAGAUCCAUAUAGAAUAGAAAACGAAGACUUCGAUUUAAAUGUAAACCUUUUGGCAGCACAAGUGACAUUACCAUCAAUUGAAGUUUGCAAUGACUCAGAUAUUUGCCAAUCUAUGGACUACAAUUUCAACAUAGGCUGCCAUUUAAUUCACAAGAAAGAAUAUGAGAAAGCAAAGAAACUUUUUGAGUUGUCCAGAGGUAGACUUUUAGAUAGUUAUAACGUCUUUUUAAUUCAAAAUAUAGAACAAUGUUUAUCUACAAUAUGCCAAGAAGACAUUGAAUCCAGAAUGCAUCCUAUCCUUAUUCAAUUAGCGUAUAUAUAUUCACAUAUUGGCCAAGAACAGGAAGCAUUAAAUAUAUAUGAGGAUUUGAUGAAAAAAUCACAUAUAGAUCCUACUAUAAAGUUAAUCGCUACGAAUAAUUUUUUCUCUAUCAAGCCCAAUACAAACCCGUAUCUUGCUUUUUGUUCUAUGAAUUCAGCGUUAUCAAAUAUAAAACUAUCAAAACUAACAAAAUUUCAAAACAAAAUUAUCAGUAAAAAUAUUGCUAUUUUAAAUUUAUACUGCGAAAAGUAUUCUGCAUGUAAUAAUAUCAUUAAAAAGAUACAAAACAAAUAUCCGGAUGAUAAUACUAUCAUUCUUAUUUUGGUAUCAAGUAUUUUAGCACGAUUUACCGGUAAUCAAGCAUGUACACAAUUAAUGGAAUUACACGAGAAAAAUCCAUCAAACAUACCAUUAUCAUUAGCCAUUAUACAAUUUAUGAUAUCAUCUAAAAACAUUCGCAAUGCACAAAAAAUAAUGGAAAAACUUUUAGAUUCUUUAAAAGAAAAUAAAAAUAAAAGAUUUAGCCCUGGAUUAAUAAGAUUAGCCGUGGAAAUAUAUGAAAGGCGAGGAAGAGAAGACCUUGCACAACAGGAACUUUAUGCAGCUAGUAAAUAUUGGAGAAGCACAGGAAGCAAUGAUCCUAAAUUAAUAGAACUUUUAUACGCAUCAGGCAAAUCAAAACUUAAAAACAUAAUUUCUAAAAAGGGAAAUCCAAAUAUUUCAGCAAUAGAUGAUUUUUCUUAUUUAUUAAAAAUUUCUCCAAACAAUCAGAAAGCAUUAGCAGGAUUAACAAUCUAUUAUCUUAAUACAGAUAUUAGUGAAGCACUAAAAUAUGCAAACAAACUGCCUUCUCCAGACCUUCUUAUUCAAAAAAUGGACGCCAAUUAUUUAGAGAAAUCAGGAAUCAUAAAUCAUUUAUCAAAGAAAAGAAAAACAAAUCAAUCUGAACCAUCUUUAAAACAGAAAAAGAAAAAAUCAAAACUACCUAAAAAUUACGAUCCUAAUAAACAACCAGAUCCAGAAAGAUGGAUUCCUAAAAAACUUCGUAGCUAUUACAAGCCUCCUAAAGAAAAGAAAAAAAAGUCAAACAGAACACAAGGCGAAUUGGCAUCAGAGAAUAGCUCAAUGACUAUUGUGAGCAAUACAAAAAAACAUACUAAUAAAUAUAGCGAAAAAAGAAAAUAA